AUGUUGUAGAAAUCAGCUGUUCAUGGGAUUUUUCAUGUUUUGCUCUCGUAAUAAAUUGAUAAAUCUCAACGAUUAUUCGAGUGAGUUAAAAAUAUGUUGAGAGUGGUGGCAAAAUUGUCAAAGUGUCAGGCGAGGGCAUUGCCUUUGAGACUCUACAGUGAAAAAUCAGGACAAACUGAUCAGCGAAGUUCAAUUCCAGAUGUACCUGGAUUGAGUGAAAAAUGUGUAGCUGUACCUUCAAAACCCGUUGGUCCAAACGCCAGCAAAAACACAGACUACAAAAAUCCGGAGUACUUUUGCUAUCACGUCGACAGCUUCGCCGAGGCCGAAGUAGAAAUGGCAAAAUAUCGUCUGCCAUCUCCAAGCAACAAAGAAAAAUUCACUCGUAAUUUAUAAAGUGUUAAAAAUCAGCUAGAUAAUUACCGUAAGGAUUGAUCGAUGUAAAGAUAAGUAUCACGUCCUUGGAAGUCA